UAUUUAACACGAAAUUUCAAUUAUUGGUCAAAAAGAGGAAUAAAUGGUCCAAAGCCUGUCAUACUGUUUGGCACAGAUUUGGAGCAAUUCUUCAGAAAUAAGUCAUAUAUAGAAUUGGAUCGCAUUCAACAAUAUGGCAAAAUUUAUGGUACAUUCGAGGGCACAAAACCUAUACUUUCUGUGGCGGAACCGGAAUUAAUAAAACAGAUUUUGGUGAAAGACUUUCAAAACUUUACUGACCGUCAAAAUGCGGCAUUUCAUCCAAUAUUAAGCAAACAUUUGGUUGUUGUAAACGGAGACGACUGGAAGAGACUUCGCUCUACAAUUACGCCCACAUUCUCGUCGGCGAAAAUGAAGACAAUGUAUCCAAUGAUUAGGGAGUGUUUGACUGAUUUGUUGGAUGUGUUGGACACUUAUGCCGCGAGUAAUCAAGAAAUUGAUAUGAAAGCAAUGUAUGGCAACUACACCAUGGAUGUAAUAGCCACCUGUGCUUUCAGUACAAAGACUAAUACACAUAAGGAUAGAAAGAAUCCUUUUAUGACAAAUGCUGUGAAAUUCUUUCGGCCACAACUGAGUCGAGUACUUAUGAUCCGAUUCUUUCCAAAAGCUUUACUCAAACUUUUCAAUAUAAAUCAAGCGGCAGACGACAAAGUGGUUGACUUUUUCUUUCAACUCACCCGUCGUAUAAUCCAAGAGAGAAAGAGUGGUCACAAAAAACAUAAUGAUUUCAUUCAAUUGGUUUUAAACGCAGAGAAGAGUAAUAAUGUUAUUCACGACGAGAAUGAUAUCAAUGAAUCACAUCAUGUGAAUGAAGGCAUGAAUAAG